AUGAGUGGAAAGAGGAAGCGACAGACCCUCAAACCUAAUACCUCUAGGGUUGCAAAACGACCAUCUUCUUUACCACCGCAGUAUGACUUCACACCGACGGAUCCAUCUCAGUCCAGCCCACCGGUUCUUCCUAGGAAACAUAAUCUCCCCUCUGUUCGCGACUAUCCACCUCCGAGGAAUCUGUUUCCGACGAUGACCUUUACUCAGUCUCCUCUCACUCCAGCUGUUGCUGAAAUUGUUGAUGAUUGA